GCCGACCUCCUCGGCACGCUCCCACGCCAUGGCUGCCGGGUCCUCAUCCCCGCCGCCGCUGCGCAUCGUCAUCUUCCCGUGGCUCGCUUUCGGCCACCUGCUCCCGUACCUGGAGCUCGCCGAGCUCCUUGCGUCCCGGGACCACCGCGUGUCAUUCAUCUCCACGCCGGGCAACAUCGCCCGCCUCCCGCCGCUGCGCCCCGCCGCGGCGCCGCGCGUCGAAAGUUCGACCUCCUCUUGCAGGCAUUCGACGGCCUCGCCGCACACUUCGCCGAGUUCCUGGGCGCCGCUUGCGCCGACGAGUGACAGAGGCCCGACUGUAUCAUCGUCGAUUGCCUCCAGCACUGGGCCGCCGCCGCCGCUAGCUGUGGAGCACAAGGUGCCAUCGGCGAUGCUUCUCCCCAGCGCCGCGUAUUUGGCUACGAGUCAGAACCUUCACGAGUCGAAGCGGAGCCCGCAGCAUCUUUCCAACCAUGGCGGCGACAUGUCCAUCGCCCAGCGCUUCUUCUUGACUCUGGAGAGGUGCACGUUCGCGGUCAUCCGGAGCUGCAUCGAGUGGGAGCCCGAGUUCCUCCCGCAGGUGGCGUCGCUCCUCCGAAAGCCGGUUCUCCCUCUCGGCCUCCUGCCGCCGUCACCCGACGACGGAGGCCGGGUGAACGGCGAGGACGCCGCCGUGCGCUGGCUGGACGCGCAGCCGCCGAGCUCCGUCGUGUACGUGGCGCUGGGGAGCGAGGUGCCGCUGCGCGUGGAGCAGGUGCACGAGCUGGCCCUCGGGCUGGAGCUCGCCGGGACGCGCUUCCUCUGGGCUCUGAGGAAGCCCAGCGGCGUCUCGGACGACGACGCCGGCAUCCUUCCUCCCGGUUUCUAUGAGCGCACCCAGGGACAGGGGUUCGUCUCCAUGGGGUGGGUUCCCCAGGUCAGCUUGCUGGCGCACGGCGCCGUGGGCGGAUUCUUGACGCACUGCGGGCAGAGAUCCCUCACGGAAGGGUUUCUGUUCUGGCGCCCUCUCAUCAUGCUGCCGAUCAGGGGGGAUCAAGGGCCGAACGCACGCCUCAUGGAGGGGAAGAAGGUCGGAUUGCAGGUGAAGAGGGAUGAGAACGACGGGUCGUUCGACUGCCAUGGCAUCGUGAGCGCAGUGCGCGCCGUCAUGCUAGAGGAAGAAACCAGAGGGGUCUUGGUAGCAAAUGCCCUCAAGGCGCAAGGGAUUAUAGCCGACAAGGAACUCCAAUACAGGUACAUCGAUCAACUUACACAACAGUUUAGAUGUGCACCGCUGAUGGCGUCUUCUGCAUUGAACAACAUGGAGGACCUUGGAGAUCUGCUUACACCAGUGUAG